CAAACAACAAAACAAAAAAGCUCUCUUUUUCGUUUCAUGGAUCAGGAGCCAACAAGCACCAUGCAACAAUGUGGAAUAGCCCCAACGGCAACAUCGUAUCGUGGUGUUCGACAACGAAAAUGGGGCAAAUGGGUGUCGGAAAUUCGCGAGCCGGGGAAGAAAAGCAGAAUAUGGUUGGGGAGCUACGAGUCGCCGGAGAUGGCAGCAGCAGCUUAUGACGUGGCGGCGUUGCACCUCAGAGGACGCACCGCCAGACUCAAUUUUCCUGAACUGGCGGAGACACUGCCACGUCCCGCCAGCUCCAAGUCCGAGGAUGUGCAGGUGGCAGCACAACAAGCGGCAUUGAGGUUCAGUAGGUCACCGACGAUGUCGCAUAAUGAGAUAUGUGUGAGUGAAAGUAGUGACAGAAACAGUAACAACAGAAAGAGUAACAGUAAGAAGAAGAAGAGUGAGAAUAGUGGUGUUGUUCCUCUGCAAGUGGGGCUUUCGGCUACACAGAUUCAAGCUAUAAAUGAGUCUCCGUUGGAGUCACCGAAGAUGUGGAUGAUGCAAAUGGCAGAGACGCUUAGGUUUGGGUUUGGUGAUGAGUAUUCUAUGAUGAUGGUGUCAUGUGAUGGUGAUGAUGAUUAUGCCAUGGAGUUGAGUGGAUGGGAAGAAAUGCAUCAUGAAUCCUUAUGGGACUCUCCAUAA